ACAAAGGUAAUAUUCCCAUCUUGACAUCCAGGCCCACAGGGAAGCCAACCUGGUCUGCUGCUUUUCAGAAAGAUGUCCCAGCGUCCUGGAGUGUCAGGGGCUGGGCUCAGUGUCAGCUUUUCUGGCCCAUCCUGACUUCUUUUUAUGCCUUUGUCCACCUCACUCCAAAGUCCCCGCAUGAUGUGGCCAUUGUGUGUGUGUGUGUGUGUGUGUGACGAACCAUGUUCUCCAUUGCAGAACAACACCGAGAUGAAACUCCUUGUACUUCUGGCUCUUCUGUUUGGGGCCAUAUCAGCUCUUCAUCUGAAGACUGACAUGUCCAAUUUUGAGAGCUCCUUGGGAGAUGAGACCCUGCCUCAGGAUAAGGAGAUGCCAGAACUUGAGGCAGGGGAUGCCCCCCUGCUGACAGGAGAGGACUGGGGCUCUGGAAGUGAAGGUGCCCCUGAGGAAGAGGGGGCUCUGGAGUCUGUCUCAGCCUUGAAUGAAUUGGACAAGAACCUUCAGUGCCCUAAGGAGGAAGACACAGUGAAACUGGCAGGCAGCCCUGCAUGCAAAACCUGCCGCUUCCUCCUGGUGCGGAGCGCCUUUAAUUUUAAUCAGGCUGAGCUUACUUGCCGGAGGUGCUACCGGGGCAACCUGGUCUCCAUUCACAGCUUCAACUUCAAUUCCCGGAUCCAGUGCGCAGUCAGGGGGCUCAACCAGGGCCAAGUUUGGAUCGGAGGCCUGGUCACAGGCAUGGCAAGAGGGGCUCCAGCGCCGAGUGGGGAGCCCCUCCUGACUCCAUCCAGUGCCCAGCUGGCUGCGGAUUUGUCUGUGCUUCCGGGUUCCUGCAAACGUUUUCGGUGGGUUGACGGCAGUUCUUGGAACUUUGCAUACUGGGCACCCGGCCAGCCCUGGGCUCAUGGUGGCAGAUGUGUGUCAUUGUGUACCCGAGGGGGCCAAUGGCGUCGAACUCUCUGCAGCAGGAGUCUCCCCUUUAUCUGUUCCUACUGAGCUGGACCCAGCCAGGGCUUCAGAGCCAUCGCCUCCCAGAAGCUCACUUUCCUCCCCUACUUGCUGCCCUCCCUCCAUCCCAGCAAUAAAACUGC